UUAUGUGUGCAUCAUGGCGUGAGCCUGAGGUUAUCCUAACGUGGAUUGGCCUAACGAAACUAAGUUAGUGUAUAUUUCCAUUUUGACAUAAUAUUAUUAUAAUAACUAUUAUUAUGUAAAAAUCUAAUAAAGAUAGAAGAAUGAAAAGGCUAUAGCUAGAGAGACAAAAAACACAUCCUAUAAUUAAACCACCUUUUGUCUAGUAUUAUUAAUUUCUUUUCAAAAGCCUAGGUUGAUGUUGAUGAUCAUGAUAUGAUAGACAAACAUUCCCUAGGCGGCCAUGCCAUUUUAUACAUAUAUAAAUAUAGUAAUAAGCAAGUUUAUCUCUCUCUUUCUCUCUCUCUCUCUCAAAUCUCCAUGUGUAUAUAUAUAAAUGAUUAUAACCAUCAUCAUCGAUCAUUUAUUCAUCGAUCUUCGUACUAGUUAAGUUUCUCUAUAUAUAUAUAAGUGUCUUUACUACUGUCCUUUCCUUAUUAAGUGUACUACGAUCUACUCCAUCAUCGAUGAAUCUCAUCAAAAUUACCAAUCAAAAAAGAAACAACAACUGAUUAAUUUACCUAAAUCGUUCAAUAUUAUACACACAUAUAUUUAUUUAUAUAGUCUAGACUCUAGUAGUGUGUUUGUUAUAUAUAGUUUUGAAUAGAAUGGGAUUGAAUAAGCCACGGCCGAUAAUUCGGAGCUACGAUAAGCAAGUUGACAGAGCUAGAGUUGAAGACCUCGAACGAAGAUGUGAGGUGGGCCCAACCGAACGAAUUUUUCUCUUCACGGACACUAUGGGUGACCCCAUUUGUAGGAUCCGCAACAGUCCGAUGUAUAAGAUGCUGGUAGCGGAGUUGGACAAGGAAUUAGUUGGUGUGAUUCAAGGCUCAAUAAAAGUGGUCACAAUGAAUAAAUUAGGAGUUAGCGGAGCCGGCGGAGCCAAGGUGGGUUACAUCUUAGGCCUAAGGGUGUCCCCUCAUCACAGACGAAAAGGGAUUGGGUCGAGCCUGGUUCGAGAGGUAGAGGAGUGGUUCGUGUCGAACGAGGUUGAUUAUAGCUACAUGGCAACCGAGAAGGACAACAAGGCCUCGGUGAAGCUCUUUGUUGAGAAAUUUGGGUACAACAAGUUUAGGACUCCAGCAAUUCUGGUCAACCCUGUUCAGAACAGGGCCUCACAUAUCUCGUCGAAUGUGGAGAUUUCCAAGGUUAAAGUGGAAGAAGCUGAGUGUUUGUACCGGAAAUUCAUGUCGUCCGCUGAGUUUUUUCCAAAGGACAUAAACGACAUAUUGAGUAACAAGUUGAGCUUGGGGACAUGGGUGGCCUACCCAAAAGGAGAGUCAUUGGGUAGUAGUAGUAGCUGGGCCAUGGUUAGUGUGUGGAACACUGGGGGACUUUUCAAGCUGUGGCUAGGGAAAGCUCCCUUAUCGUGUUUAAUUUAUACCAAAAGUAGUAGAUUGAUUAGUAGAUUAUUCCCUUCUUCUUGCUUUAAUAAUAAGUUUAUAAUUAAGUUAGUACCUCCUUGCAUACCAAACUUCUUUAACCCUUUUGGGUUUUAUUUCAUGUAUGGAGUUCACUCCGAAGGUCCAUUGUCCGGAAAGCUGGUCAGGAGUUUAUGCCAAUUCGUGCAUAACAUGGCUAUAGCUUCCAAAGAUUGUAAGGCAAUAGUGACCGAAGUUGGUGGUCACGAGUUCGAGUUGAGACAUCACAUCCCACAUUGGAAAUUAUUAUCUUGUCCCGAAGAUUUGUGGUGUAUAAAAGCCUUGAAGAUCAAGGACCAUGAAGAGGAGGGGUUCACAAAAACUCCUCCAUCAAAACCUCUUUUUGUAGACCCUAGAGAGGUAUGAAUUUAAUUAAUAAUAAUACUCAAAUCAAAUGAAAUAUAUAUAUAACUUUUUACUAUAUAAAUUUUCUCAUUGAUGUACAAGUUUCAUACUAUAGGCUUAUUUUAAGAUAGGUAAGACAUUGACAUUUAUUUCAUUUUUUGAGAAUACAUAUAUAGGUACGUUAACACAACCAUAUUUUUCAAAGCAUACUUAGUCUC